AUAUACAUUUAUUUUUCAGCAUGUUAUAUGUUAAUCCUGGCCUUAAUGUGUGCUGAGCAACUGGCCAGAUGUUGAGCGCGGAAAUGCUGUCGCUGACCUCGGUGCUGAACACGACGUCAGAUAAACCUGCGCGCACCACAGGAGACACGAUACAGCCUCACUCCCUCUUUGAUUUAUAGAAGCUACACCAAACAACCACUUCCGCUUUCUAAACUUUGAGCGCUAUUAUUUUUCCGUUCAUUCACUCUCUCUCUCUCUCUCUCUCUCUCUAACUCUCUUACUCGCACUCUCUAUUUUUUAUUCCGGAAAAAUCCACGACGCUGGCUGACAGUUUCACUCAUUUUCGUGUUCCGUCGUGAUGGCACUUGGCGUGGCUACUGUGCGUCAGGCAGGAGGUGAUAUGGUGGCGGAUGAAGGCGCGCAGGUCGUUUGAUUCCUCUUCUAGUUUUUUUUUGCUUUAGCGCUCACUUUCGUUGUGAAAAAUUGACUCGUCUUCCGGAUAGUCACCUCCCUGGACUCCCGUUUAUCACAACUUCGUUUGUGGGUUUCCUUGUAGCCGCUGCAGUUGGCCAUGCUGCGCCGUAACAUGACGAUUAAGCAUUAAAUUACAAGUGAGAAAUAGGCCUAUACAUAGAAAUCGGACAUGGAGUCAGUAAAGACGAGAGCCGCGGCGGGGGUGAAGGAAUUUGCGGGGAAGACCUUGGGUCAAAUGUACAGAGUGAUGGAGAGGAAACAAAAAACCGGGGAGGUGAUCGAGCUGACGGAGGAUGGGCGGCCCCGGGAGGCCGCGGAGAAGAAACCCCCGCUGUGCGACUGCAGCUGCUUCGGGCUGCCCCGCCGCUACAUCAUCGCCCUCAUGAGCGGCCUGGGCUUCUGCAUCUCCUUCGGUAUCCGGUGUAACCUGGGCGUGGCCAUAGUGGGCAUGGUCAACAACAGCACCCUCCACCAGAACGGCAAGAUCAUCAUCACGGAGAAAGCCAAGUUCAACUGGGAUCCAGAGACGGUGGGACUCAUUCACGGAUCAUUUUUCUGGGGCUACAUCGUUACACAAAUCCCGGGGGGAUACAUAUGCUCAAGGCUGGCAGCAAACAGGGUAUUUGGUGCAGCCAUUGUGCUAACCUCAAUCCUCAACAUGUUCAUUCCCUCGGCUGCCCGGGUCCACUAUGGGUGUGUCAUCUUUAUCAGGAUAUUACAAGGGCUGGUGGAGGGAGUGACCUACCCGGCGUGUCAUGGCAUCUGGAGUAAGUGGGCUCCUCCGCUGGAGAGGAGUCGACUGGCCACCCUCUCAUUCUGUGGCUCUUAUGCCGGUGCUGUGAUAGCAAUGCCUCUGGCAGGGAUCCUGGUUCAGUAUUCAGGCUGGUCCUCUGUGUUCUACAUCUACGGAUGCUUUGGCCUCUUUUGGUAUGUGUUUUGGAUCCUUGUGUCCUAUGAGAGCCCAGCUGAACAUCCCACCAUCACUGAUGAGGAACGCUGCUACAUAGAGGAGAGCAUUGGAGAGAGCGCCAAGCUUUCGGGUCCUUCCGAGAAAUUCAAGACCCCUUGGAAGAAGUUCUUCACCUCUAUGCCCGUCUAUGCAAUCAUUGUGGCAAACUUCUGCAGGAGCUGGACGUUUUACCUUCUGCUGAUCAGCCAGCCGGCGUAUUUUGAGGAAGUCUUUGGCUUUGAAAUAAGCAAGGUCGGCAUGCUAUCCGCGCUGCCACAUUUGGUGAUGACCAUCAUCGUGCCCAUCGGCGGCCAGCUGGCCGACUACCUGCGCAGCAGAAACAUCCUGACGACUACCACUGUCAGGAAAAUCAUGAACUGUGGAGGAUUUGGCAUGGAGGCCACAUUGCUGCUGGUAGUAGGAUAUUCCCACAGCAAAGGAGUGGCCAUUUCCUUCCUGGUACUGGCAGUGGGCUUCAGUGGAUUUGCUAUUUCAGGCUUCAAUGUCAAUCACCUGGAUAUCGCUCCACGCUACGCCAGUAUCCUAAUGGGAAUCUCUAAUGGUGUGGGUACUCUGUCUGGGAUGGUGUGCCCAAUAAUCGUUGGUACUAUGACAAAGAACAAGACUAGAGAAGAGUGGCAGUCUGUGUUCCUGAUUGCCGCCAUGGUGCAUUACGGGGGGGUGAUCUUCUAUGGAAUCUUCGCUUCGGGAGAAAAACAGCCGUGGGCCGACCCAGAACUGACCAGCGACGAGAAGUGCGGCUUCAUAGACGAGGACGAGCUGGCGGAAGAGACGGGCGACAUCACGCAGGGUUACGGGGCCUUCGGGGGUCAGGCUAAGUCGUACGGUGCAACCACGCAGGUGAACGGAGGCUGGGCUUCAGGCUGGGAGAAGACGGAGGAGUACGUCCAGGAAGAAGCUCAGGCAGGGGGCUACGGAUACAGGCAGGACGAAGGGUACUCCUAGACCCCGACACACACAUUCACCGACGCAGAAGUAUAAAAAAGUAUAAACAAAUGAGUACGAAGCCUAAACCUAAAUCUGUUGUUGUCCCAUUUGCACACAUUCAAAAAGAAUAGAAAUACGUAAAAAGCUAUCAACUUAAUGUAAAAAUUGUGCAAACACAAUUAAAAAAUAUUGGAUUAAUAGAGGUGUAAUACAUAUCAAAUUGGCAGUUUUUAAAUGUAUUAUUAUGCAUACUGGUAAAAGAUAUAUUCAUUUGGAGUACAAUUGUGUGUAAAUGUGAACACUUUCAUCCCAUCAGCCGAGGCUUUGUGACCACUCUGAAGCCAGUAGGGUCACAUAGGAGCUGCCCAUCAAAGUGCCGACCACAUAUUUAUCAAUUUAACUGUGACAGUACAACGUCCUACAAGCCAGCCAUUACAUUGUAUUGAUAUGUCAAUCCACAGGGUGGAGAACAGAAAACUAGACCCUCUGUUGAUAGAUAAUUUGACUGUAUCUCUCACACUCAGAAUAGUGUGUCCUUUAAUGCACAAUAUGAUGAUAUUGUUUUCUUAUCACUGGCUUCUGUGUGUGUAAAAGUCCUUAACAUGUAAGUGAGCUUGUCUAGAGACUCGAGUGGCAUAAUGACUUGUGAUGAUUGUUUGGUUACACUUUCAUAUAAAAAAGGAUAAUGUAUAUCUAAUGUUUGCAAUAUGUGAUCCACUUUGGACUCCGCAUUGAACAAUUUGUUUUAAGUAAAACAUAUAUGGCAGAGAUAGAUAUAGAUAUAGAGUAAAGAUAUAUAACAUUACAUACAUAUAGUAUAUGUGCAACCAAAUGGAGGGUUUGUGGAAUGAGUUUGGAAAAGCACAGAUUAAUCAAAAUCAUUUUGAUUUACCUUCUUGGUGCAUCAAAUGUUAUAUAUAUGUUCAGAAGAGAUGACAAAAAUGAACAAUGUAUGUGAAAUAUAUAUCAUAUGAUCACAUGGAUAGAGAAUCAUUUUAAUGUUAAAACCAAGAAUUGAUCCAUAACAUCAAAUAUGAGAAAAAAAGCAAAACCAAUUAUGUAUGAUUAUUUAACAUAAAGUUGAGAAUUCAUGUAGAAUCAAUCACAUGAAUCGAUAAGAAAAUAUGUCCUCAGAGCCACAAAGCUAAAGGGGGAAGAUUUUGAAAUGCCAAAGGACAUUAUAUAAGUAAACUUUCCUAAACAAGUUUAAAUGUUUACCUUUAUACUUCAUCAAAACAGGACAUUUCUAUUAGAGAAUAGAAGUGAGAUGAAUAAUAUAGUUAUGGCGUCGUUAUGGGAGUCAGGCAAUGAAAAGUGUUUGAGGCUCCUGAAUAGAAAGAACAAGCAAACACACUACAGAAUCUGUUUUGUCCUCAUUCUUCAACCUUUCAGUUUUGUUUCAUUUGUCUGUGGAGACACUUCACCAUAUAGAUGUGUGUGGAUGUGUAUUUAUGCAUGGAACAAAGUGCAUUUUGUGGUGUGUCCUGUUUAUCUUUCUUUUUCUUCCAAACGUAUUUGUAUUUGUCUCAGAAACUGUUACUGAUGCUUAAAUUUCUUUGCACAAUCAACCGAAGGGAAAGAGCAGACCUGGGUUUUAGCUGGAAGUCAAAUCUUUUUUAAGGGAGUACAGAGCAUCAGGAGUGAGGUUGCAGCGUUUGGACCCACAGAGUACAGGCGGCACGCGACCAUUACUCAGUGUACAAAGCAAUAAAUCCAUAGUAACAGUUCUGGUCCAAACGUCAUGAACAGUUGAGCAGUCAUUAUGAAUGUUUUGUUAUGCAUUUGUUUAAGAGCUGUGUUUUUUUGUGAUCACAAAUGUAAAAAAUCAAUGAAUUAACACAGAAAAAAAACAUAUAAAUAAAUGUAUGAAUAAUAUAGUAAUAGAGUCCAACGCAAACGUCUUUGUCAACAAGGAAGAGUUUGUGACUGGGCUGCUCACCAGAUGAGAAUGAUAAAAAGAGCGUCUGCCUGAGAGGCGGAAGCUCUUCUUCAUGUUUCUGUCUAUGUUUUCAGUGUGUGCUGUGAUCCCCCCCCCCCCUCCCCACUUUUUAGUUGGAUUAAUGUUCCUCAUACGGUGGCUGGACACUUGUGCCCGACUUAACCAUGUGGACCAACCCUCUCCAGCUGUUCAACCCUGAUUUCAUUCUCACAAUAUUCAUCAACAUUAAGGAUGAAGGCGAUUGUACAUUCUCAAAAAUAAGAAAUGUGCAACUAAGAGUAGUUAAAAGUUUCCUGUUUCUGUGCCUCUGAAGUUCUGGUGUGAUUCUAUGCCUUCUGUUGCUGUGUAAAUUGAGAGAUUUGUUGGUGUUGAAAUGAAAUACUAUAUAUCAUUUUUGAUAAAAAAACAAACAAACAAGCAAAUA